GACGAGGGAAAAAACAAUCCACUUGCCUUGCAUGAUAUCACCACAGCUUUAUGGCUGAGACUGAAGAAGAAUCAGGAUGCACAGCUUGCUUGACACGCCUUGACAGAUUUGGUCUGUUCGGUGAUGAAGCUUCCCAUGGAUACGUUCGGGUGAUGCAGGGAGAACAAGCAGGAUUCCAUGACAGUGGAAAGCCGCUGCUUGCAAGCACUGUUGAUACAUUUGAAGAUGAUGAUGAUGAAGGUAUGGAGAGCAAGCUGGAUACUAUGAGUAAGCUGGACAGUAUGAUGGGCAGCAUGAUGAGCAGUUUGGACAGCAUGACAGAUCCUUCAACACCUGGAAGGAGGAGAAGGUCAACCAUGGACACCGAGAUCGAGCUCUUCAAAGAACGUGCCGAAGUUCGCAGUGACCCACUUCUGCGGCCGCCUCGUACUAUAGCUGGCAUAUGCCUGGCGGGCUUUUGUAUGCUGCUGGGUGCAGGCGCAGGUGCUGCUGCAGGCUAUUUUGGUUUGUAUCUCGAGCCACGUAUCCUGAUGUCUGCGGAGUGCCACACCAUCAAGCCAAUUCGGCAUUUGGGCGUGGAUGCUAUGCACCUCAUGCGGCUUGUGGAAAGCUUCUACUGUCAUAGCAUGCGAACGUCCCAGAUGGUCGAACUCUUCUGCCCUUUGGCUCUGGGUGCAGGAGGUGCUGUGGCAGCUUUGAGACUUGCCUACGGGCAUGCAUACUUCAAGCAGUGGACUGAUGAGGAGUCCAUGAAUGAGCUUAAGAAACUCUAUUCUUUGCGAACGGUCGGAACGAAAUUCGUUCUCAGGUGUUGGCGCAUGCGGCGGUCAACGGUCUUCUGCUUUCAAGUGGUAGUCAUGAUGUGGCUUCGAUACACGGUGGAUCUUUGGAUGGACAUCGAAGCGAUGAAGAUCUUCUUGCAAGAGCAUCAGCCUUGGUUCUUCACCCUGAACCUCCUGGGUGUUUUCCUGGGUCUUCUGUGGACUGCCUACGAGUUUUACAAUGUGAUUACCAGCCCUGGCUCAAAGAUCACCAACACGGAGAUCUUUUUUGCUGGGCUCACACUCCCUUUGCUUGGACAGCAUGUGACCUACUUGGCCAUCCUAUCCUUGUUUCGUGGCAGCCUACAUCCCUUCCUCUUUGUUUCCACACUAGCAGAGGCCAUCCUGGAAUCCUCCAUCUCCUCCUUCAUUCAGACCUAUGCAGUGGUUUUCACAAGCCGUUUGACUUGGGAUCAAAAGGCGCAGCUCUACUUCUCCGUCUUCUCAUCCUUUGUUUCAAUUGGCUAUGCCUUCAGCACAAUUGACAUGUUCCAAGGAGGCAGAAUGCUAGUGAAGGUGCCCGGUUUCUGCAAAUCCUUCAACGCGCGAUUCGGAGUGGUGUUUUUCUUUCGCGUGGCCGAAAUUACGUCUCGUGCAACAUCACUCGCUCUGUUCCAAACAGUAACACGACCAUAUGGUAUGUUUGUCGUCAUUGCAGCGGAUGGAGUUAUCAUGUCCAUCUUCACCAUUUUCUAUCAGUGCCGAGUGGGCCAGUUUGCUCCGGUUGAACGCUUUGCAUUUGUCCGCCAAAACUUCUUCUAUGUCAUCCCCUCUGUUCUUUUCUGCCGGAUGGCGCCUAUCCUGGAGAAAGACACGGUGAUCACCAUCCCGCCAAUCAUCUAUUACACUAUCAGGUACUUGGAGCUGGCUGGCAUGGUGGCAGUAGCUGGGGAGUGGAUGGAGUGGGACAAGGACUAUGCAAGAGACCUUUUUGAAGAUGAUGGACUCAUCCUGGCUGCUUUUGCCUUGAGCACAGUGAUGAUGCUGGUCCUUGGCAUCAUCAUCAGGAGCUUUCUGAGUGUGCGGACAUUGAUGGAUACAUCUGGGGAAAUUUGGAGCGAACACGAAUUCAACAGUGCGCAGCAUGCAUUGAAGAAUCGUAUCCUGGAGGAUCAUCCCGCAGACCUGAAGGCCAUCAAGAUUGUGAGCAAGCUGCUGGAGAGCGACCUGAAAAUGACGGGCUCCCAAUGCCACUCCUUUGCUCGGGAAGCAGGUUUCCCGCCGGCGGCCCACUGGGACUCCAACUUUUUAAGGGCCAAGGUGGCUCUGAUCAUCAAAGAGGCCUUGCUGGCAGUGGAAGGCUUUGACUUUUCCAAUGCUCGCAGCCGCCAUCGCACCCUCCUCAACUCGGGCUCUUUGGUGUCAAUCAGAUCCACGGGCCGUUCACUGACCAGCAAGGGAGACAGGAUUGUUGGCCACAUGUCCAAUGACCUGGCCAACCAGAAGUUUGUCCUGGAGUGUGAUGAGGGUUUGUUGAUCUCGGGCAACAAGAUGCGCUUGAGAGCUUUAACCAGUGGCGAGCUGCUUGGGCUAGUGAAGACAGAUCCGUUGAACUAUGAGCUUCGUUUGCAACCCACUUGGAGCGAGGAAGCAGCCACCUUCUUCUCGCCCUUGCUUGUCCACGAGGAGAUCUACCGCAGCGCGUCCCGCUUCGCUCAAUUUGUCCACAUGGGAUCUGGUCUGGAGGUCGUGGAGCUGCGAGUGAGCAAGAGAAGAGGUCAAAGCCUGAAGGAUUGGGACUCCAGUGGCUGGAGGAUCUUUGCCAUCAAUGGGAAAACGCCCAGCCGAGAAGAAGUUGAUGAGAUACUUCAGAAGGGCAAAGGGUCUAAGAUGGUGAAGGCUCAGUCCAGUGUCUCUGACCCUCACAGCGACAGCAACAUGGAUCUCUGGAAGUCACUCCGCCCGGGCGUGGAAGCUGCUGCUCGUGGGGAGUACAUUGUACAGUUUGUCAGGAGGGACGCCUCUGACACGCCGAUUAUGGCUGGCAGCAAGGUCCUUUUGCAGCAUGCCGGUGGUUGGACCAACACUCCUAUGGGAAUGUCAGAGAGUGUGACAUCAGACGUCGACGAUGCAGCUGAAGCUCCUGAGGAACAAGACCGCUUUAUGCCGCGCAUUGUAGAAGGGGAGGGCGGCCUGACAUUCACCAUGGAAACAGCAGAAUUUGGCAGCAAGGAUGAUCCCAGCAUAUACCAAUGGGCUGCGAACUUGAUUGGUGAUCUUGCGGACACUGUGCAACUACAAGAGUCCUUUGCGGAGAAGUAUCGCACGCUGACAGUGGUGACGUUCAAUGCGCGCUCCACAGGGAUGGCAGGUGUGAAAGGAAUCCUUCAAGCGGACCCCGACUUGCAUUUGCGGGUCCUCUCAAACCUUCUACAGCCGAUUCGCCAAGAGAAGGAUAUUCGUGUGGAGUAUCUUCUUAGCGAAGUGCUGAUGGAUCUUGAAUUUGAUUUUGACAAUGAAAAUCCUGGGGAGCCUAUGACGAUCACGGCUUUUGAAGAUGAUGACGAUGGAUCUGCAAUGGCAUUGCAGAACUGCGGGGUUCAAGUGGGAGACCAACUGUUGUUAAUCGAGCUCAUGGAGGAGGAUGGUUCGAUGAAAAAGAUCAGUGGCUUUGUCGAGAUUCGUGACUUGCUCAUGGAGGCCGAAGAGGAAGACGUGGACACGACGGGCUUCCUCACCUUCCGCUGUAAGGGUCGUUCCACCCACGUGGAGGAGACCAACGAGACGGUGAAGAAGGCCGUGGCGCAGUCGUUGAUCAUUGCGGAGCUACUGCCUACCUGGACGGAGUUGCAACAGGCAGCACAUAAGUCUGUGGAGCGACAACAGGUGUGCGAUAUGAAGGAAGGGCUUUUGAGCCACGGCUUGCUCUUCCGGACCAAGUGUGACUUGGUACAAGCACUCAUCUCUACAGGCUUUGCUCUACACCAUGAUGACUUCGCUUCGAAGGCAUUGCAGCUUCACAAACGCUUCGAUCCGGCGACGGAUGAAGUGCUUUGGAAGUUCUUUUCGGGUCGUGACAAUGCGGAACUCAGAGAUGAAAUCCUCAUCGUUCAGCUGGAUGUACUCACAAACACGUGGCGAUCGCUGCCCCAGAUCAUCAAAGAGGACAUUCCAGAUGUUGUGCGGACUCUUUUCCAUCCAGAUGUGGAGAUUACGCUCAUCCACGAUGCUGCAAGAGUGCUCAUGCAGAGGUGGGAAAGCGUCCGCGAGUCUGAAGGGGAGAUGGAUAGCCUGAAAAUGCCAGACCAACUGGUGCGAUUUUUCAAGUACAUGCGCCCGGCCAGUGAUGAUUCCGCAGGUCAUCGUGAAUUCUCCAUGCAUUGGAUAGUGAAUGCCUGGCAAGCUGACAGGAUACAGCAGAGAAAGGUGCAAGCUCUUCUCUCGGACAUUGCUCGAUUGUUCGAAAGUGCGGAGACCUUCUGGGAGAGACGGGUGAAAGAUGCCCACGCUCGAGCAGAAGAGGCAAAGAAGCUCCUGGAGCAGGCAGUGCGUCAAGAGGUCAUUCGUGUCGUGCUUUGCUCUUCAAUAGAAGACUUGGAGAAGGUGAAAGGCAUGCUGACUGAUGAUCUUAUGCUGAAGCAGGAUUGCAAGAUCGGAGAUUCAGAGAAUGUUCCAAAAGGAAAGUGUUUGGUUUGGAGCCAGGGGAUAGUGAUGGAGAAAUUCAAGACUUUCAAGACUCCCUCUCCGGAUUUGGCCAAAAUUCGGAGGGAACUCACUAGAUUGUAUGAGGGCAAGGACGUGCGCUUGCUCUUCAGUGGCUUGGACUUCGACCGGCAACAUGACGAAUCUCAGAAGGCCUUGGAUAGUCUCCAGAAGUACAUUGUCAUGGCGAAGACUGCAGGAGAAGCUUUUCCUAGCAUCAAACAAAUCCUGGAUGACUUGUCGGAUGUCUUGCACAAAAGCCAGCUCUUCAAGAAAGAUCAGGAAGCCAAGCGGAAAGUCAUCCUGAAAGAGAAGGAACUUCAGGCGACCAUGAAAGUGGCUGAGCGCCGUUUGCAGCAAGUGGAGAAAGAAAAGGAAGACAUUGAAGCCAAGAACCGCAAACUGCACGAAGAGAAGGGCAAGCUGGAAGCGGAUACAAAGGCUGUCCGCGAUGAGCUGGCCAAAGUGAUGCAUGAUGUUGCUGCGGAACAGAGCACUCUAAAGCGUCGGGUGCAGGAGCUUGAAGUUGAGAAGAAGGAGUUGAAGGAUGCAGUUGAUUAAGACAUGACAGGAAUACAGGUGCAAUGCACCGACGGCUUACUGUGAAAUUUGAUGGUGAAAGGUACCGACCCCAAGAAUUUGGUUGAUGGAACACAGUUGAACGCUCAUACAGUCAGAGGCACUCAGGGUUUCACCCCGAAACUGGAUCAAUCAAAAGAGAAGGUACCUCUCAGCCACCGGGUGGUACUUUUUCCAUGUCUUCGCCUGGGGAAGGAACUUAAACGAAUGGAAUGACACAUAAAGAAGCCCAGGCAUUCUGGUUGUCUGCGGCAUGUGACGCCAGAUGACGUUGCUGGGCUUCAGGACGCCUUACGCACGGUGGAGGGCUUCCUCAAGGACAAGCGAAGUGUUUCUUCGAGUCCAGGCGGUGCAGGAGAAGAUGCUGCGAAGCUGGAAAAGUUGAUCCAGCUCGUUGAGAGAAGCGUGAAAUGAAUCGGAGAAGUGGGCUUCAGCCUGUGCAAAGACGUGGGUGAAGCCUGGAAGUCUUCUCGUUUGAGAAGAGGAGCAUUGGAACUAAGCAGGAUGAGAGUUUUCAAGUUGCAAAAUCCAUCUCACUCCCUGAAGUGCAAGGCCCUCAAUGAGGGGGGCUUUUGCAGGGAUGGCAGAACAUAAAUGUAGUUCUGCUGUUCGGUGUGAAAA